AUGCGGCUGUUCUUAAAGCUGAAAGCGCCAUCCACCGGGCCGGAUGCGGACUACCUGCAGCACGUGGCACUGACCACGAAGCUCACGGAGAAGCACCAGGCUCGUGGUAGCGGCCGUGAGGUGGAGAUGGCCGACUUCGACGGCCGGCGCCAGGUGCUGUGCAUCAAAGGCGCCAACUGGUUCCAGGUGGCUCAGAAAGGCUUGGUGGCGCCCUACUGCUUCCGCCGGGACGUCACGCAGGCCUUUCGGCGGGUCUAUGGGUGGUGGACCUCCUUGGACCCUCGGAACUUCCUGGUCCCCGAGGAGGGAACCUUUCUGGCGCUCUUCCGCAACGGGGAUGCCGGCAUUAUGCCCUGGGACAGCGACUUCGACGUGAAGCUGUACACUGAGGCAGACAUCACCAUGGAAGGCUUUAUGAACCGCACCUUGGAGCCGAGCUUUCAGUCCAUGAGGAUCGAGGCCUACGCCUACGAUGGCUGCGGCCAGGACAACUACUUGCUGUUGCGUCAGGCAAACAUAACGCACCACAUCGGGGACGCCUAUGUCCGCGGCAGCCAGCGGCGCACGAGCCACCCCUGGCGCGCGAAGCUUUUCGGCGUGGAGGUGAGCCUUAGCCCGGAGCACCUGCAGCACAUCUUCUUCACCAGGAUCUGCCAACUUCCCUUCAGCGCCCUCAACGAAAUGUCCGAAACGACCCUGGCGGAGAUGGCAUUCCACUGCAAUGCUUCCACCCGGGCCACAAUGCAUGCCUCCCCGAUUGCCAAGAUCCCUCGCUGCCCUGCGAGUUUGAGGAUAACUUCGUUCAUGUGGACGCAACGUGAACCAGGCCGGGCGGCACGAACGCACAAGGCAGGCCUUCAGGCAUCGAAGGCAUCGAAGACAUCGGAGGCCGGCGUGCUUUGACGAGACGGUUCGACAGCGAUGGCGUCGGAAGCUGACGCCAAUGGCCAUGAAGGAUUGGAGGCGGCGCCCAGCGAAGUGGUCACGUCUCUGAGCGAGUGACGGUCCCGCAGGCUGCUGACUUCACGCUUGGAUUUUGUUCGGGUGAUUCUUUG